AUGCGUUUCACGACAAUCUUGAUCUGCGCUUUAGUGUGCAUUUUCGUUACAUCAGUCAAAGCUGAUGAUGUUGCUUCUUCUUCGGACAAUGCUGCUGAUGUUCCUACUACCGAACCUGCCGCUACUCAAGAAUCAGCACCUGUACCUGAGCCGGCUCCUGCUGUCGAAUCUGGAACUGUCCAAGAACCAGAAACUACCUCGGCUCCGGUUGCAGAUUCAAAUGCAAGCGCUGUACCAGGUGAUGGUGAUGCUCAACAGCAACCAGUGUCAAGCAAUCAAUAA